GAAGUACAUCUAUAGCCUUUUAAUAAUAUUUAGGCAUCUCCUUACAACGCCAAAGCAUAAAAGCUGAGGGCCAAGUCUGGAAAAUAGGACUGAAUUCGAUGAAGGAUCUAGGCCCGAAACGUCAGCCUUCCGGCUCCUAUGAUGCUGCUUGGCCCGCUGUGUUCAUCCAGCUCUAUACCUUGUUAUCUCGGAUUUUCCAGCAUCUGCAGUUCCUACUAUCUCUGAAUAGUUAGGUGGUUCUUUUUGGCAGGACGUGAUGGGCCGAAUGCUCUUUUUCUCGGCUGUAGAUCGCUAUGAUUUUGGGCCUGUGUGAAGUCGCAAAAGGGCGCUAGAGAAACGCAGGUGCUUAUUUUCAAAUAGUACAUGCCUGCAUGCACCACACCCCAUUCUAAUUGUGCUAACGCUGAUAUCUGAACGCACUUCCCCGUUGCAAAAUCCCGGUGUGUUGUAAAGUCGAAAGUUCCUGAUAAAUUCAGGCGUGGGUAGGAAUCGCAGAAUCUAGGAUUCUUGCAAAAGGGAGUAUCAACGUUGUUUUUUUGCAAAUAGGGGAGUGCGGGGCAGAGGCAGCCGGCUCAGAGGAGUGUAUGGCAAUCUACAAUUUGUUUCUGUCAAGCGAUGUUUGCAGUUAAAAGGCGUCGCUAUCUCUUCUCAAAUAGCAAAGAGACGGAACAAAGAGAGACGGAACAAAUAGAGGCGAGCUCCCCCGCCCCAUUUCUCCGGCCAGUGACUUCCUGGUCUGUUGUGAAACUGAGUCGUCAUGGCGUCCUUACGAGUGCUGGAACGUAUGAAGGAUGAGGCGGUCUGCUCAAUCUGCUUGGACUUUUACAACGACCCGGUGACCAUAGACUGCGGCCACAACUUCUGCCGAGACUGCAUCCAAAACUAUUGGGCGCCGGUGCGGGGCAAGGUGACAUGCCCGCAGUGCCGGACCCAGUUCACCCAGAGGAACGUCAGGCCCAACCACUUCGUCUCCAACAUCGUGGAGAAUGUGAGGAAACUGAGCCUGGGCCAGGGGGAAACGCCGUCACUGUGCCCCGAGCACGACGAGAAGCUCAAAAUGUUCUGCAGGGACGACCAGAGGCCCAUCUGCGUGGUGUGCUCGUCUAAAGCUAAAAGGGCUACGCCACUGAGGACUGAGACCAGGAGAAAUGUCUUCACCCAGAGAGAGAGAAGGAACAGGAACAGGAACGAAAGAGAGGAAGAGAAGAGUGUGUGGGAACCUGUGGAGUUCUCUGCGACAGAAAGCAUUGAGGCCACAACAUUGAAUGUUUUCAAGGAGGGGCUGAGAAAGGAUGUGCCGUGGCCGGAGGAGGGCAUGCUGCAGAAAAAGGUGGAUUCGCUGCAGAAAGAACUGGUGGAGGUCAGUAAGAGUCAGAAGGAGGAAGAGGCCCAUAUAAACACAGUGAAGCUGCAGGCUGGUAGUCUGCAGAACAAUAUUGCGGCUAAAUUCGACCAGCUGCACCAGUUUCUGCAUCAGCAGGAACACAGCCUUCGAACAAAGCUGCAGCAAAAGGAGAAGGCAACACUGCAGAAACUGGAACAAAAUCUGGACAAAAUCUCUGAACAGCGCAUCGCCAUUGAACAGACAGUGGCAGAAACACAGAAGAGGCUGACUCUACAUGAGGCUGAAUUCCUGAAGGGCAUUAUUGCUGUUCUCGACAGGCCUGUGCUGCAGUUUAAGAAGCCCACAAAAGUGUCCACUGAUCUUGACCUUGGUGAAUUUUCAGGUCCUCUGCAGUACUUUGCUUGGAAGCAGAUCUUGAAGCUGGUUAAUCCAGUUCCAGCCGCUCUGAAUCUGGACCCGAACACAGCACACCCCCGGCUAGUGGUGUCAGACCAGCAGACCAGUGUGAAGUUCAGCGAUAGCAAGCAGCAGGUUCCUGACAAGGCGGCAAGGUUCAUGAACUGGCACAGCGUGCUGGCACGUGAGGGUUUCAAAGCGGGUCAGCACUACUGGGAAGUGGAGGUGGGCAAUAACAGCACCUGGGCAGUGGGGCUGGCGAAGGACUCUGUACCACGCAAAAAGGAUUUCUCGCCAGAACCGGGCGCUGGGGUCUGGGCCUUGUGGCGGCUGAAGGACGAGUACACAACUCUGACCACGCCUCGGACCGCCCUCCCCAUCCGGACCAGACCCCGAACACUGGGGGUCUACCUCAACUAUGAAGUGGGCCAGGUGUCACUGUAUGAUGCAGGCAGUCUGUCUCAUCUCUACACCUUCACCGAUAAAUUCACUGAGAAAGUCCACCCCUUUCUCCUAACAGGCUGUGCACUUGACUCGUUGAAACUCAUCCGCUUUCAGAUAUAA